AUGGGCACUGAGGGUUCUAGGAGGUUGUGGUGGCCACUGUGGUCCCUGCUGCUAUUGUUGCUGCUUCUGGGCAAUACAAGGGCCAGAGCCCAAGCACAGCUGGAUGGGUCAGGAGCCCAAGAACAGCUGGACGGGUCCAGAGCCCAAGCACAGCUGGAUGGGUCAGGAACCCAAGAACAGCUGGACGGGUCCAGAGCCCAAGAACAGCUGAAUGGGUCCAGAGCCCAAGAACAGCUGCACAGGUCCGGAGCCCAAGAACAGCUGAAUGGGUCCAGAGCCCAAGAGGAGCUGGACAGGUCCAGAGCCCAAGAACAGCUGGACAGGUCCAGAGCCCAAGAGGAGCUGGACAGGUCUGGAGCCCAAGAACAGCUGGACGGAUCCAGAGCCCAAGAGCAGCUGGACAGAUCCGGAGCCCAAGAGGAGCUGGACCGGUCUGGAGCCCAAGAACAGCUGGAUGGGUCUGGAGCCCAAGAACAGCUGCACAGGUUCGGAGCCCAAGAACAGCUGGACGGGUCCAGAGCCCAAGAACAGCUGCACAGGUCCGGAGCCCAAGAACAGCUGGACGGGUCCAGAGCCCAAGAACAGCUGGAUGGGUCAGGAGCCCAAGAACAGCUGGAUGGGUCUGGAGCCCAAGAACAGCUGGACGGGUCUGGAGCCCAAGAACAGCUGAAUGGGUCCAGAGCCCAAGAACAGCUGGAUGGGUCCAGAGCCCAAGAACAGCUGAAUGGGUCCAGAGCCCAAGAACAGCUGCACAGGUCCGGAGCCCAAGAACAGCUAAAUGGGUCCAGAGCCCAAGAGGAGCUGGACGGGUCUGGAGCCCAAGAACAGCUGGAUGGGUCAGGAGCCCAGGAGGAGCUGGACGGGUCAGGAGCCCAAGAACAGCUGGACGGAUCCAGAGCCCAAGAGGAGCUGGACAGAUCCGGAGCCCAAGAGGAGCUGGACCAGUCUGGAGCCCAAGAACAGCUGGAUGGGUCUGGAGCCCAAGAACAGCUGCACAGGUCCGGAGCCCAAGAGGAGCUGGAUGGGUCCAGAGCCCAAGAACAGCUGGACAGGUCCAGAGCCCAAGAGGAGCUGUAUGGGUCUGGAGCCCAAGAAGAGCUGGACAGGUCAGGAGCCCAAGAACAGCUGGACAGAUCCAGAGCCCAAGAGGAGCUGGACAGAUCCGGAGCCCAAGAAUCCGGAGCCCAAGAGGAGCUGGACCGGUCUGGAGCCCAAGAACAGCUGGACGGGUCCAGAGCCCAAGAGGAGCUGGACAGAUCCGGAACCCAAGAGGAGCUGGACCGGUCUGGAGCCCAAGAACAGCUGAAUGGGUCCAGAGCCCAAGAACAGCUGAAUGGGUCCAGAGCCCAUGAACAGCUGGACGGGUCCGGAGCCCAAGAGGAGCUGUACGGGUCUGGAGCCCAAGAGGAGCUGGACGUGUCUGGAGACCAAGAGGAGCUGGACGGGUCUGGAGCCCAAGAACAGCUGGACAGGUCCAGAGCCCAAGAGGAGCUGGAUGGGUCUGGAGCCCAAGAGGAGCUGGACAGGUGCAGAGAUGAAGACCUGGAUGGAGACAGAGAGGGGAUGGGGCUUGCCACACCAUCGGUGAUCAAACGCAGGUCCAAGGCCAUCCUAUACCGGAGCUUUGAGGAAGAGGGUCCCCAGAGUGGCUGGGGUGGAGAUCAGGGCUCCCCGUGCACUCCAGUCACCCACCUGGGGCCCAGCUGUGGCCCCAUGGUGGUGGCCAAGAGUGCCUGGAAGGUGCCCAACACCUACCUGGUGGUGUUCCAUGAAUCCCAGAGUCAGUGGAUGAGGUGUAUUGUCCACCUCCUGCAGAGCAAGGCUGCCAGCCAGGGCCUCAUGUUCGAAGUGCUGCAUGUCUUCAAAGACCUCUUUCCUGGCAUCCUGAUGAAAGUGGACAAAGUGGGCACACUGGACCUGAUCCUGAGGCUGAAGCAGGUGAAGUUCGUUGAGGAGGAUUCCUUUGCCUUUGCACAGAGCCUCCUGUGGAUCCCGCAUAGGAUUUCUCCUCAGUGGAACCAGUUUUUGAGCAUCAUGUGGAACACAAGGCGGGUUUCUUCUGAGUGGGAUGAGUUAAAUAGCUUCAACCACAGAAACAAAGACAACCCCGUGGAGGUGUAUCUCUUGGGCACUAGCAUCCAGCCUAAUCACAUGGAAAUUAAGGGCAGGAUCAACAUCUCUAACUUUGAGAGAGUGCCUAAGGAGGAGUGGCAGAGCACCAGUGCACGCUGGAUACAGCAGGAACGCAAUUGUGAAAGCCAUGGCACCCACCUGGCAGCCCUGGUCAAUGGCCAGAGUGUUGGCGUGGCUAAGGACAUCAAGAUACACAGCCUGCGUGUGCUCAACUGCCAAGGGAAGGGCACGGUCAGCGGCAUCCUCAUGGGCUUGGAGUUUCUUUGGAAAAAGCUGGUCUCCAAUCCCUCCAAGCGCAUGGUAGUGCUGCUGCCCCUGGUGAGUGGGUACAGUCAGAACAUCAAAAAUGCCUGCAAGCUCCUGGCAAGGGCUGGAGCAGUGCUGGUGGCCGCUGCGGGCAACUUUCAGAGCAAUGCCUGUGCCUACUCUCCAGCGUCGUCUCCUGAGGUCAUCACUGUUGGGGCUGUAGAUUUCCAGGACCAGCCACUCAUCCUGGGUCCUCUAGGGACCAACUAUGGAUCCUGUGUGGACAUCUUUGCUCCUGGGAAAAACAUUGUCAGUGCCUCCAAAGACUGUAAUGUUUGUUAUGCAAUGCAGAGUGGAACUUCGCAGGCGGCUGCCCGUGUGGCUGGCAUUGCAGCCCUGUUGCUCACUGCCCAGCCAAACCUCACUGUGGCUGAGCUGAGGCAGAGGUUGAUCCACUACUCUACCAGGAAUGCUAUCAAUGAUACCCGGUUCCCAGAGGAGGAGCGAUUCAAGACCCCCAACCUGGUGGCUGCAAUGCCCCUCAGCACCCAGGAAACAGGUACACACCUGCUCUGCAGGAAUGUGUGGUCAGCACCCUGGAACCUUAGGCGGAGAAAUGUUGCCAAGGCUUGGUGUAACCCAGGGGAGGAGCUGCUUGGGUGCUCUAGUUUCUCUCAGAGUGGGAUGCGACAGGGAGAGCGUUUGGCGAUCCUAGGAAACAGACGUGUUUGCCUGGCAUUUGGAGACCGCCAGGUUUCUGCAGUGGCCAGAUGCUGCGUGCUCCCCCAAGCCAACUGCAGCAUCCACACAGCUCCUCCAAUCUCGAUGGGGCUGAAGACCUACAUCCACUGCCCGGAUCCUGACCAAGUCCUCACAGGGUGCAGCUCCCAUUGGGAGGUAGAGAACCUUGGUGACUACCCACAUACUUCAAAGCAGCAAGGUGAUCAGCCCAGACAGUGUGUGGGGCACAAGGAAGCCAGUGUUCAUGCUUCCUGCUGCCAUGCUCCGGGCCUGCAGUGCACAACGAAGAAAUACAGUCCUCCAAGCCCCUUGGAGAAGGUCACCGUGAGCUGUGAUGCAGGCUGGACGCUGACCAGCUGCAGUGCCCAUCCUGAGACCUCAGUCACCCUGGGAGCUUUCCCUGUGGACAACACCUGUGUGGUAAAGCACCAGGGUCCUCACAAAAGAGGAUGGAUGAGUAAGGAGUUUGUCAUAGUCACCGCCAUCUGCUGCCGGAUCGAGCUCUCAGGACAGCCAUAG